AGUUUCUGGAGUGCCAGGUGGGAGCUGACCGAUAGGUGACGGUCCUCUCGCCACCAAGCGUCCAGUUGCCAGCAGUGGGUGAGUUCACUGGGACUUUGGGGAUGGGAGGUGGCAGCCAGCAAGCCUUCAGUUUCUGCGACUAAAUUGGAAGGCUUGGAAGCACGCUACGCUGCGUGGGAAAUGCACUUGGUGCAGGAAAGGGGAUGUCCUUAGCCAAGGUACUGGAAAACUGAAGGAAAACAGAUGAAACUGCAGAUCCCUCAACAAAACGUGAGCAGGUGACACUUGGCGUGGCAGGUUUGUGGUGCUGGAAAUAUCCAAAUAAUUUUCUAGGACGGUUUCUCUGAUAAAGCAGAUUUUAUUCGCAAUUGCAAUGGCGGGCCUCCUGCAAGCAGGAGAGCCCCGAGAAAGCAGUGUUACAUCUUUUAUCCCCUAUUGCCCGUCGCUGAUCUCUUUCUCCCCUGGUUCCUCAUUGGCUGAGUACUGCAGGUUCACACUCUUUCGUGACGUUUCACUGAUCAUACAAACACCGAGUAGACACAAAUCUUUGCCGCCCAGAUGCAAAUGUCUUCAUUGCUUAAUUGACUUCUAACAAUUGCUUUCUUAACAAACAAAUUUGGUCGUAACUUUUCGGAUGUCAGGUUUACAGCAUAAACAUAGAAAUAGCCUCAAUCGUUUAAUUAACAUUUGUGCCCCUUCACACUGGUCAUUGUUCUGGUCAUUCACCUGUCCUUGCAGAAAGAUAAGCUCGGAAGGAGGAUGGAGGGGAGUACCUUGGAGCCUGCCUAUGGCAUCCUAACAUUCCCACAAAGUGGGACAGUUCUGCUUUGUAGAAAGGCCCUGACUCCUUGAAAGUUUGUUCAAUGUGUUUUGCUUCUGCCGGUCUAAUGAACAACCUCACAAUCUGUUUCCUAGUUCACAAUACUGUACCCAUAUUGUUUAGAACAUUCAAAAUCUAUUGCAGCUUCGUGAGAAAGUGUUUGUUAGGUAAUUUGGUAACUAUGUUUCUAAAACACGUUACUAAUAUGUAUAUGGUAUUCUUACUUUCCACAUCAGCUAUUUCUAAGGGUAUGUUGCAGCUUAAUUCUUUAGAUCAAUUGCCCUUUUCAAUGUUCAGGGCAGAAACAACACUUUCACUUUCCACAGUGGGAAGGUCAGCUUCCCCGUGUUUGUGUUUCAGCCGUCAUCCUCCAUACCGGAGAGGCUUUAUCUGCUCGGCUUGCUUAAUUGCAGCACGUUUCACACGCAUGGACAACCUGUGCAGCAGCACCCUCGAUCCAGACCCCAUUUCCAUAUUGCAUCCCUUCCUCAAUGGCCGGAGGCAUCAUGGGAGCAUGGAGCAGGAAAUAAUUCCCUCUUGGGGUAGUUGAAGCACUAUGAAAGUCUGCCAGGUGAAGCCGUGCGUGCUCCAUCCCCGGAGGUGUUCAGGGUGAUGCCCUUGGUGCUCCCUUUGCAAAUGAUCGUUUGGGUUUCGAUUUUGUGCCUGUGCCUGUGGAACAACCCAGAGGCCGUGCUGGUGAAUCCACAGGAGAGUAUCCUGUCUACGAGCCUGAAGGGGAUGCUGGAGGUAAGUCAGCAGGCUUCAUUUCCUCGGUAUUGGAUCAUAUUUGGCUGGGAUAGUUCAGCAAGGGUUCCGCUUUUCAGCGGCCAGCGGGUUCUUCUCCCCGAGAAGCGUGGAUGGCCGUUGCUUCUUGGGUGCUCCGUGCUGUCAGGGUGGUGUUGCCUUCGUCCCUGUAUCUCCGAGGUCUCUCAGCAAGAAAAUUUCAAGGGGCUGAGUGUUCUUCCAUGAGGUCCCUGAGCAUUGUUUCCCGUGGCCUGGAGAAAGUAUUUGGAAAGCUGUGGAGUACCAGCCAGCAGGUCACCUGGCUGCUCUGCAGCUUUGGAACUUUCCCCCCGUGCCAUUAGCUGAGCCCCUUCCUUCACUGCAGCUCGCUAAGGAAGAGGGAGAUGGGCACUUGCAAUGGCAACGUUUCUCCUCUGUCCUUGCUUACAGCUGUGUCUCCAGGCAGUGGCUUACCAAAGCCUAGGUUUAGUCCAGUUCAUGCAGUUGAGUUUAGAGGUGGGCUGAGCUCCAGGAGGGUGUUCCUCUGGGCGGUUGCACACGGGGUUAGUUAUGAAUGGCGGUGGUGCCCCUGCAAGGCACCCAGGACCUGUUUCCGAGGUGCUCCUGUGUGGAAGGGAGAGAACAGAGUCGUGAAGGAAUCCCUGGCUUUAAUUGCAUCCUGUGUCAUUCUGCCUGGAAGGAUGUUUAAUGGGAGUUGCUGUGUCGUGCGUUUGUUUGCAGAUGGGACUGGAGCAGGUGAUCCAGGAUCCGCUCUGAGCUCUGGGACCGAAACUCUGGCGGAUGGCAUGGGUCCGGAAAGAGCAGAGGAUGAACCCGAAAGAGGAAGAAAGUCCCAGGGCUUACCCCGUCUCCUAAAGGAACUGCUGAAGGAAAUAGAGAAGGCACCGCGUGGAAUUGACCAAGAAACUGAGCAGGAUGCACUGCAGGAAGGCAGCCAUCCCACCCUGCCGGUCUCGGACAGCGGAACGCAGGCAGCGCCAACAGCUGGCACGCCAGGGAUGAAUGCCGGGAAAAGCACAGAGGCUGCUGUUCACCAAUCUGCGCGGAAGCGCUACAUCGCAGCCGUGGUAAUGUUCCCUGCUGCGGUGCUGGCCUGUGGUGCUGUGAUAUGGAUGUGCAAAACAUACUUAGUGUGCAAGAGAGAAGAGAGAGCAGCAGAACCGGCUCAUCCUGAUACCAACUAGGAGAGAGUUCCAACUGGAGACGAGGGCAGAAUGGAGCUGGGAGAGGCAACAGAAGAGACUCUUGCCCCAUCAAACA